AUGGCCCCCCGUGAAUAUUCUGAGCCCCCCGAUGGGGGAUGGGGGUGGAUGGUGGUAUUAGCGUGUUUUCUGCAGUCUGCCCUGGUCUUCGGGGUGAUCCGCUCUUUCGGGGUCUUCUUCGUGGAAUUUAUGGCUUAUUUUGAGGAACCGGCCAGCUCCACUUCAUGGAUCACCUCCGUCACCGUGGCUUUGUUGAUGUUCACCAGUCCCCUGGCAAGUGCACUGGGCACGCAGUACGGAGAACGGCCCAUUGCCAUCACGGGUGGGUUCCUUUCAGGGCUCGGGCUCGUCUUGGCUUCGUUUGCCACCAGCCUGACUCAGUUGUACCUUUUUAUCGGUCUGCUCACAGGUGUCGGUGGAGCCUUCAUCUUCCCGCCUUCUUUGGCCUUGCUAGCUCGGUAUUUCAGCCGGCGCCGGGCCCUGGCCAACGCCGUGGCGUUCUCCGGUGCCGGCGUCUCUUCGCUGGCUUUCUCGCCACUUUUCCAGUUCCUGGUGGAUUCCUACAGCUGGCGUGGCGCCCUUCUGAUCUUAGCUGGCAUGGUCUUCCACUUGGUAGCUUGCGGUGCCCUCCUUCGCCCGCUGGACGUGGCCAAGGACAGCGUGGCAGUGCCUCCAGAAGGGGAGAGCCCAGGGAAGAGGCUGGCAUCGCUGUUUGGGCUGAACUUGUUCUGCCACCGACCCUUCAUGAUUUUCUGCGGGGCCGGGAUGCUGAUCACGGCGGGGUACUUAAUCCCCUUCGUCCACCUGUUGGCCCACGCAAGAGAGACGGGCUUCGACGAGUACCAAGCGGCUUUCCUCGUCUCCGCGGUGGGCAUCGCCGACAUCGCCGGCCGCAUCACGGCGGGCUGGCUGGCCGACUGUGGCUCCUUCAGCCUCUUGCACAACCUCACCGCCUGGACCCUCCUGACGGGCCUCUCCGUGCUGGUGGUGCCCCUGGGACACAGCUACGGGGUGAUGUUGGCCAUCAGCAUUUUUUACGGGUUCCUGGCGAGCGCGGUCAUCCCGCUCAAGUUCUCCAGCCUGAUGGAAAUUGUGGGCACCGAACAGAUCAUGGGGGCAAUUGGCCUCCUCCAUCUGCUGGAAAGCAUCGGGGCUUUGGCAGGACCCCCACUGUCAGGAUGGAUCCGGGAUGCGACAGGAAGCUACGCCACCUCUUUCCUGGCCGGGGGCUCCUUCCUCGUUGCGGGAGGCCUGGUUCUGAUGCUGCUGCCAGGCUUCUUCUCUUGCCCCUCGCACGCCUCUCCCCAACACCCAGAAGCACACCCAGAGGAGAAGUCGCUGGACUCCAGCCGCCAAAAUGGAGCGUGCCCUGCGUGA